CCAAAUAAGCACAUCAAGUAGAAACUAAAUUCCACUAACUAAAUACAUAUAAACCUAGAGUACCCAUUUCUCUACACACAUAGCAGAAUGGGUUUUCUCAUACAAGCUUUAAGCUCAGCAAAGCCAUACCUACUCAUGGUGGCUCUCCAGUUUGGUUAUGCAGGAAUGUACAUCAUAACCAUGAUCGGCAUGAAACGCGGACUCAGCCACUGGAUUUUCGUGGUAUAUCGUCAUGCUACGGCUACUCUUGUCAUCGCUCCUUUCGCGCUUGCUUUUGAGAGCAAAAUAAGGCCCAAGAUGACACGUUCGGUUUUCCUCAAAGUUCUACUUCUUGGAUUGCUUGAACCUGUGAUCGAUCAAAACCUGUACUUCUUGGGAAUGUCCAUCACAUCUGCUACAUACGCCUCUGCGAUCAUCAACGUCCUUCCUGCCCUCACCUUUAUACUGGCCUUAAUCUUCAGGUUGGAGAAGUUGAAUCUAAAGCGGAUACAUAGUCAAGCGAAGGUAGCCGGGACAGUGAUUACAGUGACUGGAGCAAUGGUUAUGACCUUGUACAAAGGGCCAAUUGUUGACAUACUAUGGUACUCUCAUCAUGGAGCAUCAAGCGCGCACCAUGCUGCCGCCUCGUCUUCCGGGCAACAACAGUGGCUCGCCGGUACUGUGAUGAUUCUACUUUGCACAUGCUGUUGGGCCGGCUACUUUAUCGUGCAGUCCAUGACGCUGAAAGAGUAUCCAGCUGAGCUGAGUCUAACGGCGUUGGUAUGCUUAGCCGGUACAGUGGAAGGCGGGAUUAUAGCCAUGGCUGUAGAGCGUGAUCCUAAAGCAUGGGCUCUUGGCUUCGAUUCUCGGCUCCUAGCUUCAGUUUACUCCGGGGUGGUUUGCUCUGGGAUUGCCUACUAUGUUCAAGGAGUUGUUAACCGGAUGCGUGGUCCAGUGUUUGUGACUGCAUUCAGCCCACUAUGCAUGAUCAUAACCGCGGUUCUUGGUGCUAUUGUGUUGUCUGAGCAAGUUCAUCUUGGAAGUUUGAUAGGGGCCGUUAUCAUAGUGAUGGGGCUUUACUCAGUGGUGUGGGGUAAAAGCAAAGAUCAUCUACUAACAAUAGAGAAAGGUGCGGCUCACGAGCUACCAACCGUCGACAAGCGCCAUCACCCGACAUGUGACACCAUGGAUGAACCAAUUAAGGUCACAAAAAUAGAGACAGGUCUUCCACAAGAGCCAUGAAUCCUCUUAACCUUUCUUGACUUGUAUUUUAUGUGGUUCCCUUUUCAUGAUUCUUCACCUUAAGUGGUGGAAUUAUCUAGCUAUAACUUAUAUAUAUAUAUAUAUAUAUAUAUAUAUAUAUAUAUAUAUAUAUAUAUAUAUAUAUAUAUAUAUAUAUAUAUAUAUAUAUAUCCCUUUAUUGUUAUUAUGUAACCCAAUCAAAGGUUUAUUAUGAAUGUGAGCUACAAAUUCA